GCUGUGGGGGUGAGGAAUAUUUUGGGUUAAGAGUUAUAAAAGGUUCUUUGUAGCAAUUGCAAUAUUUAUGUACCUGUCACCAGAGACAAACAAGGCUGGAAAUUAGGAAACUGACUCCUUCUUACCUUGUGAGUCAGCUUUCAUCCAUGCUUGACCUCUACUUACUGACCAUGCGGUGCUCAGGUUACAGUUUGUUUAUAUAUGCCAGCUCUUUAAUUACGAGAGCAUAAGUCCUAGGGACCAGGACCAGAUGCUGGGGUUGGCAUUGCCUGGUGGGAGACUGACAAAUGGCCUUGGGUGGCUCAGACCCAACCUGGCCUGCUCUGGUUGCCUGAAAUAGAGAGGAAAUUUUGCUGUAGGGAGACUGCAGUAGGCUCUGAAAUUAAGAGGAGUCUAGAUGGAGGAAAAGCGCUACCUUGGGAAUCAGGAAACUAGUUCUAACUCAGCAAUAACUGGUUAUGUGAUUUUGGACGAGGCAUUUUGUCUUUCUCGGCCUUAGUUUCUCUCUCUGAGAAGUGAGGACGUAGGCCAGUGGUGUUCAGACUUGUUCUCUGCAGAACCCUACAGUUUUCAUGGAGGUACUAGGAGGAUCAGACUGGAUCUACCAAAAAAUUACCAACUCGUAUGGCUCAUAAGGGUUGGUAGCUCCCCAACAUACACACGCCCUUGGUGUUUGGUGUGAUGGUAACCUUUUACCAUUCCACAGAAGUGUUUCCACUGGGGAGGCCAUGGAUUUAGAGUUUGGACUCCAAAAAAUUUAACUCUAAUGUUGCCCUCAGGAAUCCUAUGAGCAUGUCACACAUGGAAAAUACUUAGAAAAAAAAGCACAUUAACUACAUGAAUGUGACAGCAUCUAUUGUAUUUCUGGGGUAUACUUGAUCUUUUUUUUUUUUUUUUAAGCUUAUUUAUUUGAGAGAGAGAGAGAGUGCGCCAGCUGGGGAGGGACAGAGAGAGAGGGAGAGAGAGAAUCUGAAGCAGGAUCCGCCCUGUCAUCACAGCGCCCAACACGGUGCUUGAACUCACGAACCACGAGAUCAUGGCCCGAGCCGAAAUCAAGAGUCGGACGCUCAGCCGAGUGAGCCACGCAGGCACCCCCGGGGUAUACUUUAUCUUAAGAAAAUGGAUUGAUUUCUGAAAAGCCAGUUUCCUGAAUUAAUUUUAGCAAGCCAAACCGACUAACCUACUUAAAAAAAAAAUGCACUUAUUCGGGGUCCUGGACCAUAAGUUGGAGCUACAUAGAUCAACUGCUAGACUUGUCUUGAUCGCAAAAAUAUUUCCUCCAAGGAGCACAUCAUCUUAGGAAUUCAUUUAAAAGAGGUUUACCCGUUUUCAUUGUCUUGAUUGUGUGUUUUCAUGUGUUCAAAUUCUUCCUGUGGUCUGUACUAAAGGGAUUGUUGCUCUGCUCAUAUUUUGCCGACUCUGAUUUUCCCAGGAGGGUUUGCGUUUGGCAGGCUGAACAGGUUUACAAGCGCUGAAGUGCCUAGGAGCAAAGUUCAAUCAAAGUGGCUAUUUAUAUACAACUUGUACUUACAAUGGAACAUUUCACAAAGGAUUUCCCUUUGUAACACUGACAACAGUGACUUGAAAACAGCAGGUAUACUUGUUGAAUGACCGAAUGAUCAUUCAUUCGUUUAUUCAUUCCAUGGCAUUGACCCCCAUCACAGAGCUCUCUGUGAAUUACUGUUUUCUACUUUGGAGAAUUGAAAUGAAGCUGAGCUUCUUCUAAUAACUAUGCUUUCAUCUUGACCCGCUCAGCCAGCUGGGGCUUCGUAUUCACCCGGCUUCCGAGGUCAGUCUUUUUGGGCCAGAGGCUACACACCGUUUUUCUACCGUUCUGUUUCCUCAGUGGGAUUCUCCUCUUCGGCUCUUGCCCUUGACCGUAGAAUUACCAUUCAACGCAGAAACUACUGACAAAAGGGGGCAUUUUUGUGUGUGUGAGUAGGGGCAGAUGGUGAUUACUUAAUAGAAACUUGAGUCUCAAAAAUACCGUGCAAUCUAGGGGAUUUUCAUCCCGCUGAAUAUUUUCGUUAUUUGCUUAUGUGAGAAUAUACAAGUUCAUGUGCACAAAUGUGUUUAGUCUUUUCAUAUUACAAGCCAAUGCCUGAUUGAAAAUUUGACAUCAGAGGACUGACAGAUUGGACUCAGACUCCCAUGGGGUUGAGAGCAUCUUCAGAAAAAAAACAUUAUAUUCCUACCUUCCAGAAGAUGGGGAAGUGGCUUUUUAAAGCAUUGUGUAUGAGAAAGAUGAUUAAUAAGCUAUAAAAUAAGUGAGGCUAUAGACUAGGAAAUCGGUUCUGGAACUCAAAGGGUCAAUGGUCCAAUUCACUUAACUAAGAAAACUGUGGGUAAGAGAGCAUGAGACACCAAUAAGGAGGGACUGAGAGAAGAAAGCAAGAGACUGCACUUUCCAUUUCCUUACUUGACCUUGAGCCCCUCUGGAGCUAAGCAUGCCCAUCCAUAAACUAAGGACAGAUGAGCUGCCUCUCGAUUUUCAGUGAUCUUGGAGGUCUGUGCGGACAGUAAUGGAUCAGAGCAUUAUAAUAUUAAGAGUGUCAGAGAGACUCUUUGAAGAAGGCACGGUUGCAGCUGAGUGGAGCUCUGGAUGGCCUACUCCAGCUCCUGAUUCAUCACUGUUCAAUCUGGCCAAGGAACACACUUUUAAAGACCCUGGGAAGAUACCUGGGGAACCUGAGGUGGUGAUUCACCAAAUUAGAAUGACUCUAACCAGCUGCAACGUGCAAUCAUUGGAGAAGGUACGUGCUGACCUGCUCAGAGGCGCAAAGGAAAAGAAUCUCGUCGUGAAAGGACCAGUUCGGAUGCCUACCAAGACUCUGAGAAUCACUACAAGAAAAACUCUUCGUGGUGAAGGUUCUAAGAGUUGGGAUUGUUUUCAGGGGAGGAGCUGCAGGCGACUCAUUGAUUUGCACAGUCCUUCUGAGAUUGUUCUGCAGAUUACUUCCAUCGGUCUCGAGCCAGGAGUCGAGGUUGAAGUCACCAGUGCUGACGCUUAAAUCAGCUUUUUGAAUGAACUGAUUAUGGGUUGUUACAAAAAAAAAAAGAAAGAAAGAA